AUGGCAACAACUAUUCAAAUAGGUCAACAUGACAAUAUCAAUAUUCUAUUAGAUUUUAACAAUGAUAAUAAUAAAACUAACAAUUUACACAAUUUCAAAUUAUCAUCUUAUGGCGCGAAUGAUUCAACGAAUAAAAUGAUAACUUUGAAUGAUCCUAAUCCUGAUCCUGAUCAUCAUUAUCAGUUCAUACCAAAACAAAUAUGUUCACUCCCAAUUAUUCAUUGGAAUUAUUGUACAUUGAACGAAAUUGUACCGUCGUCAUUAUUUAAAAACAAUGAUAAUAACUUGAAACAAUCUACAAUAAAUAAUAUUCAUCAUCAUCAUCAUUAUCAACAACAAUUCACUAAAUAUUUAAAUCAAUUUGAAAAUAUGAUUAAAAAUCAAAUCAAUCUGAUAAAUUAUAAUUUAUUAUUAAAUAUAUUAGUUGAUCAAUUAUCAAUGUUAACAAUGUAUCAUAAUAAAUUGGAACUAUUGAAUUCCCGGGCAUUAGAUAUAGAAGAUUUAUUGUAUUAUUUCAAUAUUCAAUGUCAUACUGAAAGAAAAACAAUUCUACAACAACAUAAUGAUUUGAUACAAACAAUUAUAGGGAAUUGUUUGAAUGCAAUGAAUUUAAUGCAAAUUCAAAUUCAAUUAGAAGGUGAUAAUUUAUCAUUCAAUGAACACAUCACUAAACAAUUCAUUUCUGGUUUAAUGAAUAAAUUUAUUCAUGGUCUACGAAUAACACGUUUGUUGAAUCGUAUAAAAAAUCGAUUAUUGAUUAAUCAUGGUGAUUUGUUGAAACGUAUCAUUCGAAUGAUACCAAAUAUAUCUAUAAUGAAUGAAACAUUAAUGAAUAUGCCAAUGAAAGUAGUAUUACUUACUGAACCGUUAUUACAUAUUGAAGAAAUUUGUUGUAAACAUUUUCUUCGACUUUGUAUAGAAUCAUUUAUUUCACAUUAUUUAACAUGUUUAGAUGUUGCAAUAAAAACUGCCAUUAAUAACAAUGAUGAUAUGAUACAAUUUAGAGUGAUUACUUAA